AUGAAGAGUGCCAUCUUGUUGAUACUCUUAUUGCUCCUGCAGUUGUUGCAUUGCUAUAGACCGCUAACAAAUGAAUCUCUCAGACAUUUGUCCAAGCUGAACGAUGAAGAACGGCUUUCUGUCAACGGCAGUUUGUUGAGGCCACUGUUGGUUGAAAGAGUAUCGGGCACAUUGGCAAAUGAACAAGUACGUCAGUAUAUCAUAGAUCACUUCAAGAAGCUGGAUUGGCAUGUAGAAAUCGACGAAUUUGAAGACAUGACACCAUUUGGAGUAAAAUCAUUUGCCAACGUUAUUGUCACUCACGAUGUGAACAAGCCUACUCGACUUGUAUUAGCAGCACAUUAUGAUUCCAUGUAUUCGCCCGAUUUCGAGUUUAUUGGAGCAACUGACAGCGCCGUUCCUUGCGGCAUUCUCAUGAACAUUGCAGAGACUCUGAACGAAUAUCUAUCGUCCAGCUACUACAAUACAGAAAAGACGGUUCAGAUGAUAUUUUUCGAUGGAGAAGAGGCAUUUCAACAAUGGAGUCCUACGGAUUCCAUCUACGGAGCAAGGCAUUUAGCACAGCAUUGGGAAUCAGCAUUAGUUAGCCAUCCAAAGAAAGUAUUCAAGAACAAAUUAGAUCAAAUUGAAGUGAUGGUCUUGCUGGAUUUAUUAGGAGCAACCAACUCACAAUUCCCCAACUUUUAUCGCUCGACAAGCUGGUUGUAUGAGAAAUUGAUGAACCUGGAACACAGAUUAAAUAACCAGUCAGUUCUCAAAACUGUUUCAGCAAAGACGGGUGAAGCCUUAAUAUCUCUAUUUAAUCCAUAUUCUGCCUUGACAUACAGAGGAGAAGCGAUAGGAGAUGAUCAUGUUCCAUUCUUGAUCCGUGGCGUGAAUAUCUUGCACAUGAUACCAUACCCAUUUCCCAAUGUAUGGCACAAUAGACUAGAUAAUGCAGACUGUAUAGAUCAAGCUGUAGUUGAAAACUUGGCCGUCAUUUUUCGUACCUUUACCGCAGAAUAUUUAGAAUUGAAUCCCUUACCACAUAAUGAAUUGUAA